AUGCCCCCAGAGCCAGAGGUCAUGUUACCAGCAGAAGUCUUUGCCAAUACCUCAGGAGAAGAAGUUGAAAUUGUCACAGAAAUCCGCUCCAAACUCAGAGAAGACCCAUCCCUGGAGCCCAUCAUCCAGUUCCUCACAGAAGACGCAGACAAUGCACCUCCCUCCAUUAGGAAAGCUUACAGAGACUACAAUUGGGAGGAGGACCUGCUAUGGUACCGUGGGAAACUAGUCGUCCCAGACUCGGAGACCCUGAAAGAACAACUUCUGAAGGAAUUCCAUGACUCUCCACUAGCGGGCCACCCGGGCCAACAGAGAACCCUUGAACUUCUAAGUUGUAACUACUGGUGGCCAGGCAUGAAAUCAUCCGCCAAAGAAUGGGUAGAAUGUUGUCCCACAUGCCAGGCUAACCGCCAAGCCCACGCCCUGGCCAUUGCCCUCAAACCACUGGAAGUUCCGCCCUACCCGUUCCACACCAUUUCCUACAACUUUAUCACAGGAUUCCCAAAGUCAAACGGUCACGAUGCAAUCUUGGUAGUCAUUGAUUCCUUUUCAAAAUUCGGGCACUUUAUCCCAACUACCAAGAAAGUUACAUCUAAAGGUUUAGCGGAAUUAUUCAUCUUGCAUGUGUGGAAACUCCAUGGGUUGCCAAUCAAGACAAUAUCAGACAGGGGGACUACGUUCACAGGAAAGUUCCUAAGGGCACUCUACCAAUGCCUUGGAAUAAAACCAUCCUUCUCAUCAGCCUACCACCCGGAGUCAGACAGACAGACAGAGAGGGUGAAUCAGUUCAUUGAGUUCUACCUGAGGUUGUACGUUGCGGCAGACCACUUGGACUGGGCCUCCUGGCUACCAUUAGCGGAAUACGCCUACAACAACGCAAAACACUCCGCCACUGGGAAAACCCCCUUUGAGUUGGUAUACGGACGAAGCCCUGUCAUGAAUCCAUCCAACAUCCCAGCAAACGUGCCAGAAGCCGACCAUGUGGCAGAUACCCUUGCACAAGAAUGGAAAGAAGCAGAGGCAGCUCUAAGAAUGAGUAAGGAAAAAAUGGCUGGAAACAAAGGGACAAUACCGGAAUACUCAAUGGGUGACAAAGUCUGGUUAGAUGGGAAAAAUGUGGAGCUUAGAACAAAUUCCAACAAACUAGACCCCAGGAGACUAGGACCAUUUGAGAUCACGGAAAAAAUCUCCAGUCAUGCGUACCGCCUGAAGCUCCCAGAAACCCUGAAAAUCCACAACGUAUUCUACGUAGGAUUGCUACCCCCUCCUGAAACAAUAGAAGGGGAAGAGGAGUACAAAGUUGAACAGAUCAUCAACUCUAAACGCCAACAAGGGAAAUGGUUCUACUUGAUCAAAUGGAAGGGGUACGGACCGGAAGAUAACUCAUGGGAGCCAGAAGAACUGUUGGAACACAGCCAAGAAGAGAUCAAGCAAUUCAACCAAGCUAGACUCAGAAAGGCUUGUGACGCCGCCAAGAGCCUUUAA